UAAAAUUAUUCAUUCACUCAACUUCUUUUCAAAGAGCUACAAAGCAAUUUAAAGAUGAUAAGUUCAGAUGAUUUCUACAAAGUUAUGUGUGCAAUGGUGCCUCUAUAUUUCGCAAUGUUGCUUGCUUAUGGUUCGGUGAAAUGGUGGAAAAUAUUCUCGCCGGAGCAGUGCUCCGGCAUCAACCGGUUUGUAGCCGUAUUUGCAGUUCCGGUACUGUCGUUCCAUUUCAUAUCUCAGAACAAUCCAUAUGAAAUGGAUAUAAAGUUCAUUUUGGCUGAUACUUUGAGCAAGGCCUUUGUGCUGUUUUUGCUAUCAUUUUGGUGUAUUUGUAAAGGAGAAUUGGACUGGUUGAUUACUCUUUUCUCAGUUUCUUCUCUGCCAAAUACAUUGGUUAUGGGCAUUCCUUUGCUCAAUGCCAUGUAUGGAGAAUUCACAGAGAGCCUCAUGGUCCAAUUAGUUGUUUUACAGUGCAUUAUCUGGUACACUUUGUUACUAUUCCUAUUUGAGUAUAGAGCUGCAACAAUAUUAAUCCAUAACCAGUUCCCUGGUCACACAGCUGCCUCUAUAACAAAAUUUGAGAUCGACAAUGACGUCAUAUCCCUAGACGGUCGGGACCCACUUUGCACGGAAUCGAUAAUUGACGACACGGGACAUAUUCGGGUGCGUAUCAGACGAUCAAUAUCAUCUGCUCCAGACUCUAGACUAUCAUCCUCAAUUGGACUCACCCCUAGGGCAUCAAAUCUCUCCAAUGCAGAAAUUUUCUCAAUCAACACACCAUCUCGGUUGAACGAAUUUCACAACGAAUUAGCACUUGGAUACCGGUCCACGAGUCCUAGGUUAUCGGGGUACGCCUCAUCCGAUGCCUACUCUCUCCAGCCUACACCUAGGGCCUCGAAUUUUAAUGAAUUGGACAUAACCACCAUGACAACCACUGGAGUAGUUACUCCCUCAUGGGCUAGAUCUCCGAUUGUCAAAAAAAUCUGGCAGUCGCCUGGAAUACGUAACAGCGGUCGUGACGGCAAUGACGAUGUUGUUGAUGAACAUAUUGGAGAUAAAGAUCUUAGCUUCAGAGAUUGUGCAAAAAUUCAAGUACAAGAGGGAAGGGACGAGAUGACUACAUCAACCAAUCAAGAAAUGCCACGUGCUUUGGUGAUGCUAAGAUUAAUUUUGAUCAUGGUUGGAAGAAAGCUUUCUCGAAAUCCAAAUACCUAUUCAAGCGUUUUAGGCCUUGUUUGGUCCCUAAUCUCAUUUAAAUGGAAAGUAGGGAUGCCCAGUUUGGUGAAAUACUCUUUCAAAAUCAUUUCGGAUGCCGGGCUCGGAAUGGCCAUGUUUAGUUUGGGGUUAUUCAUGGCACUUCAACCUCGAAUAAUUGCAUGUGGCACUAAAAUGGCAUUAAUAGGGAUGGCGAUUCGAUUUGUGGGUGGACCUUUACUUAUGUCAACCGCAUCUUUCGCAACUCAAAGGGCUACAAAUAUUUUAGAAUAUGACAGUCGCAAAUGCCCAAUCCCAUCAAGUUUCAUAGGCAGACAAGAUAACAUGAUUCAAGGAUUAAAGAGGAGACUGAAAUUGAUAUGUUUUACCACUUAUGUCUCUUGA